AUGCAGAAAAAAUUGGUUUUCGCAAUUUUUCUCCUCAAAUUCGUCUCGUCUGAAACUAAUGAUCUGAAAUUGGUUUUCGCGGAUUUCAUGCGAAAUCAAGUUUUUCAAAAUCCCGAUGAGCAUAAAGCAUAUUUCGAGGGCUCGAAAAUUGUUGGCUGCCAGGGACAGAAUUUGAGUUAUGGUAAGUUUUGAGCAAAAAAAAUUCUGCCUGCUGAAAUCUGAAAUUUUCAGAUGAAUUUGCUCAUGAAAUUACCGACAAAAUGGAUCGGAGACUCGGUUUUAAUGUGGGUUAAUUUUUUUUUCAAAAAAUUUGAAAAAAAAAGAAUUUCAGAUAACUCUAAGCUCGAUUGUUGAAAAUAAGCCAAAAAAUGGCGAAAUUUUGGCGGAAUAUUUGAUUUUUUGAGAAUUUUCAAAAUCCAGCUGAAAUUUUGAAGCAAACUAUAAAUGUGAUCUACAGGGUGACAGGAAUUUUCAGUUUUUUAUGAAAAAAAAAAUUUUAUUUCAGAAUUCUGGAUCUUUGAUAAGUGAAGUUAAAGCGACGUGUGAAAUAAUUAAUUAA